AUGGGGGCCCAGAGAGGAUGGGAGCCCAGAGAGGAUGGGAGCCCAGAGAGGGUGGGAGCCCAGAGAGGAUGGGAGCCCAGAGAGGAUGGGAGCCCAGAGAGGGUGGGAGCCCAGAGAGGAUGGGAGCCCAGAGAGGAUGGGAGCCCAGAGAGGAUGGGAGCCCAGAGAGGAUGGGAGCCCAGAGAGGAUGGGAGCCCAGAGAGGAUGGGAGCCCAGAGAGGAUGGGAGCCCAGAGAGGAUGGGAGCCCAGAGAGGGUGGGAGCCCAGAGAGGGUGGGAGCCCAGAGAGGGUGGGAGCCCAGAGAGGGUGGGGGCCCAGAGAGGGUGGGAGCCCAGAGAGGGUGGGAGCCCAGAGAGGGUGGGAGCCCAGAGAGGGUGGGAGCCCAGAGAGGGACCCUGGCUGAUGAGCUAUUGUCUUGUUGUUGUCAGAGAGGACAUGUACUCGCAGGACUCCAUAGAUCUCCUGCAGAACUCUGGGCUGCAAUUUAAGAAGCACGAGGAGGAGGGCAUCGACACACUCUACUUUGCAGAGCUGCUCAUGACCUCAGGCCUCGUGCUCUGCGAGAACGUCAAGUGGCUCUCCUUCCACAGUGGGUAUGACUUUGGAUACUUGGUGAAGCUGCUCACGGACGCACGGCUCCCGGAGGAGGAGCACGACUUCUUCCAGAUCCUCAACCUUUUCUUUCCGGCGAUUUACGAUGUCAAAUAUCUCAUGAAGAGCUGCAAGAACCUCAAGGGCGGGCUGCAGGAAGUGGCCGAUCAGCUGGAGCUGAAGCGGAUUGGUCGACAGCACCAGGCCGGCUCUGACUCUCUACUCACAGGGAUGGCCUUCUUCAGGAUGAAAGAGCUCUUUUUCGAGGACAACAUCGACGACGCCAAGUACUGCGGGCGCCUGUACGGUCUGGGGUCGGGGACGAGCCAGACGCAGAAUGGUCUGUCCACGUCGAGUCAGGAGGACAAGCACUGA